ACACAAAGGUUACCCAAAAGCCCUGCCCAAAAUCUGGAUGAAUUCAGAAUUUAGAUGAUCCAACUUAAAAGCCCAAAUACACUGCAGAAAUUCCAUAUCAAAGUCUCACUUCUGGAUUUGGAAAGCUUGAAUUGCCGACCAGGAAGCGAAGAACGGCCGCUCAUCUCUAGGGUUCAGAUGGAGAAUGCUGAAAAUGUUCUUCCACCCUCAAAAAAGAGGGCUGCUGGGAGGGAGCUAUCGCGAGACAAUCCCGGCCUUGAUGAUGACGAGGUGCCAGAGCAAGAGUCUGGAACCUUCAAGAAGGCGAGUGAGGAAGUGAUGGCAAAUAGAAGGAUUGUAAAAGUUAGACGCCAUAUGACAUCAUCAACCCCGUCUACUCCUUCAUCUAACCCUUUUGCUGGAAUAUGUUUGGUUUCACCUGGGACUGUUCCUUUGGAAUCCAAAGAUGAAAUUCAAGCAGUGAAAGUAGACAGGAUAGAGGAAAAACAUGACGUGAACAAGGACUCCGAGGAAGGAAAAGCUCACUGUGUUUUUGAGGUACCAAGUGAACCCGAUGUGAACAAGGGAAUCAAGGCUGGAAAAGCUGACACAGGCAAGGAAACUGAUGCUGGUAAAUCUGACGUGGAUAGGGAAUUUGAGGAGGUAAACGAUGAUGAGAACAAGGAAGCAGAUAAGGGAAAAGCUGACGUGGACAAGAAAAAACAACCAGAAAAGCAGACCAGUGAAGCAGAGGGAGUGGUUUCGACUAUUGACAAAAAUAAGACGGAGAAUGAGCCUAAUAAACAACCUGACACCGUUGAAGCUGAUGAGAAGACCAAUGGAAAUGAGAAAGACACUAGUGAGAAAACAGUGAAUGAAGACCCAUCAUCUCUCAGCUCAUUCCAGCAUCUCUCAAGUACUCGAAAUGCUUUUACAGGACUAGCAGGAACUGGAUUCUCCGGGUCAACUUUCUCAUUUGGACCUGUUUCAAAAGAUGGUCCCAUUCUUGCUGACCAAUCCUCGCUGAGUUUCGGUGGCCAUUCAAAUGACAACGUUUCCAUUUUUGGAGGGCCUGCUGGAUUCCCGCCAAUGCAAGAGGUUCCUGUUCAAACGGGGGAGGAGGAUGAAAAACCCGUCUUCACAGCCGAUUCUGCCCUUUUUGAAUAUCUUGAUGGAGGGUGGAAAGAGAGGGGGAAGGGAGAACUCAAAGUCAAUGUUUCCAAAAAUGAAAUGAAAAAAGGAAGACUAGUUAUGAGAUCAAGAGGGAAUUGCCGGUUGAUAUUGAAUGCUAACCUCUACCCUGAGAUGAAACUUACAAAUAUGGACAAAAAAGCCGUCACGUUUGCCUGCAUUAACAGUGCUUCUGGGUCUGGAGGGAAUUUGGUUACGUUUGCCCUGAAAUUUAAAGACUCUUCAUUUGUUGAAGAGUUCCGGGCAGCGGUAGCGGAGCAUAAGGGUUGUCCUGAAAAGACACCGAACUCACCUGAUGCUUCUGAGGUGUAAAGGGCCUGCUCCGUGGUUUUGAGAUAUAUAUGAGUGAUGAUUAUAACACAGGCGUUUCCUCCUCUGAUGCUCUUACUUUUCGUGCUUCCCUUGUUGAACAAGCAGCGGAAGUGUUAGGACGGUUGUGGUGGAGGGACUAAUGGCCUCUUUGAUGUGAAGAUGCUUGUAGUCUUCAAGUUCAAGUACUUAUAUUUGAGUCUUUUUUUGUCGUUGAUCUCAUGUAGAACCAAACUGGAUGAUGUCACAUUUAUACCUCUUUUAGUGAAAACAUUGCCCAAUGCAGGAGGCUCAGGUGGGUGACCGUGGGUCUUCAAGUGAGUUCCACAUGUUGAACGUGACUUCGGUUGGGUGGGGUGGGGGAUUUUAUAUGAAUAUUUUCUGGUUGCC